GAGAAGCAUAUUAAAAAAACUACAUACAAAUAUACAAUACAAGUCCAGGCCCUUAAGUUAUUUGUCUGCAUUUACCGAACUUAAUUAUAUUAUCUCUCAUCUUCACUCUCUCACCCACCUCGAAACCCAAACCCCAUUUUCUUACAUUCAGCGAAAGAGAACAUGAAAGAAGAGAUGGAGGGAAUCACAGCCAGCGUGUGCAAGGGUUUGAAGGAGUACUGGAGGAGAAGGGGAUACCAAAGGAUAAAUGGGUCGGGUCGGAGAAGGAUGAAUCGGGUGAAGCUAGGAAGCACGGGGACCCGAAAGGGUCGGUUCUGGAGGUGGAGGAUUAAGCUGUCACCCAAGAUCCGAAUCCACAAAAUCCCUUCGCCGAAGAAGUUGCUGGUGUGGGUGAGGGACGCGUACGUGAGGAUGAUGCUGGGUUUGGCGAACUCGCAGGUCAUGACGAUGAGUGCCUCGGCCUCCGGCUUCGGUGGCGGCGGAGACACCGCCAUGGGUGUGUUCGGGAGGGCUCCACCUAAGGAGUAUGAUGAGAAGACGAUCGUCCAGAUCUACAAGUCCCUGUUAAUCGCACAUGGACACUUGGUGCCACUCGACGAAGCCAAAAUCGCCUCUGUAAUCGAUUGCCGACGGUGACUGUAAGUAUCAUAACUGGCAAGUAUCAUAACUGAAAUUCACUUACCGUCGUCACCUUCCUACAGUUGUCGUGUGUUACUUUCUUUCUAUCCAAUUUUUUUUUCAUUUUUUUUUCUUUUUAGUAUUAUGUCUUGGACCGGUUUUAUUUUUAAUGUAAUUCUAUCAACUAGAUUCUUCUAGCUUCCUAUAAAUUACAUGUCAACAUCACCGCAAAAUAUUGGCAAAAACUGUCUUCUACCAAAACAGCACUCUUUACUUUUCUUUUGCCAAUCAUGUAGACCCAUGUAAAAAAAAUAAAUAAGAAAUAAAUAAAUAAAACUUAAUAUUGGCUAGUGGUGUGAUGAUGUGAUCAGUUUGAUUUGGUUAUAUAUUCAAUUCUUAUUAUUUUAUAAAAACACAAAACUAUAUUAUGCUAUAUUAGACUCGACCACAGCGGGAUUGAUAAUUUUACAUUUAUUUCCCUUUCCUGUUCUUAUAUUUACUUCUUCCAAAAAAAAUUUAUCAUUUAAUGCCUAAUACUGCCAAUAUGUCCUUAGUGUC